GAUUUGACUGAGCCGCAUGAUCAGAGUCAGGUGACAAUAUUGGGCACAAAACUGGAGGAGAAUAAACAGUUGGGUGGAGGAGAUUAGCUGCUGAUCUUGCCUCUUGACAAGCUGCGUUACUCCUCAAGGGAAAAUGAGCGCCUGGCCCUCUCCUCUGCUUUGGAGCUUAACCACGGCGUGUUUAACAGGUAUUGCUUUAGGCCAGACAACUGUCACCCAAGUCCCCAUUGCAUCAACCCCAGCGCCUCCCAGUGCAACCACCCCCCAGGUCCCCAUUGCAUCAACCCCAGCGCCUCCCAGUGCAACCACCCCCCAGGUUCCCAUUGCAUCAACCCCAGCGCCUCCCAGUGCAACCACCCCCCAGGUCCCCAUUGCAUCAACCCCAGCGCCUCCCAGUGCAACCACCCCCCAGGUCCCCAUUGCAUCAACCUCAGCGCCUCCCAGUGCAACCACCCUUGUGGCGUCUGCUUCUCCACCCGCCUCUGCAACGCUCUCGGCUGGAGAAGCAUCAACCACUGCAGACCUUGGCGCAUCCACGACAGCAACGUCUGCCAAUCCCAGCACAAAAAUGCCUGCUCAGACUUUGCCUGCCACCACCGAUGUGACCAUCCUCACAUCUGGCAGCGCAGCCACCUCACCAGCAUCUACAGGACCGAUGGCCGCAUCCACCACCACCUCGGUGUCCCCUCCAGGUGUGACGACAUCUCCUGGGGUCCCAUCAGCAGGUCCGUUCCUCACCACGGCCAGGCCCUCGAACUGCAGUGCAGUGAACGUGACCGCCUGUGCCCGCUGCUCCCCGGGGACGUUUCCCAGCGCAGGCACCUGGAGCUGCUCGUGCUGUGCGGGAGGCUCGUGCACCGACCCCGCUGCCUGCACCCCCUGCCCGCUGGGCCAGUACCAGCCCCAGAGUGGGCAACCGUCGUGUCUGCCCUGUCCGCAGGGCCGUUAUGCCAACAUCACCAGGAGCACCACCUGCAUCCCCUGCCCGCCCGGCCAUUUCGCUAAUGAAUCCGGGGCUGCAGCCUGCAGAGCGUGUCAGAAAGGCUAUUUUAGCUCCAAGCAAAAUGCAUCUUUUUGUCUGCCUUGCCUGCCUGGAUCAUUCUGCAACACCACCAGCUGCCCGGGGUGUCUGCCUUGUCCUGGUGGGCACGAGGCUCUUCAGGAGGCGUCGGAGGAGUGUUCGCCUUGCUCACCAGGUAUGUUCAAAGGUCCCAGCGACAACAAAUGCAAGCUCUGCAGGACAGGAGAAUACCAGUUACAGUGGGGCAAGGAGAGCUGUGACCUGUGCCCGGAAAAUCACUACUGCCCUAGCCCAGAUGUGAAGCCGGUCAAGUGUCCCGCUGAUGCCUUCUGCCCCGCGGGCAGCACAGAGCCGGCGUUCUGCAUGGAGAUCUUUCUGUACAAGGCUGGAAACUCCUGCCAGCUCACCCCCCUGACCGUCAUUCUCCUGGCUGUCAUCUCAGCAGGUGCAAUCCUUGCUCUCUUUCUAAUAAUUCUGAGAAGAAGGCAAGAAUACAGCAAGAAAUCCUUACUGCUCCCCCGAGGCUCAGGACGGCACACAACUUAUGGGGGGACGGAGCACACAGAACCCGUCUAUGCGGGCUGGUAGCGUGGGACGUGCUGCCUGCAAACAGCCGCUUCUCUUUUUCCUGGGGCAAUACGGAUGUGUCCGUAUGGGGAAAGUGUUUAACAAUGCCCAAGCUAUUUCUGUACAGCUAAAAGAAAUACUGAGAAAUAAAACUCACUUUUUGAGUUGUG